AUGUUUAAAUAAGAUUUUGUUAGAUUAUUUCUCAACAGGUUUUGUUAUAAUUAAAAAAAUAAAAAUAAAAUAUAUAGUUGGUUUAUUAUUAAUGUAAAUAAUCAAAUAUUUCAUGUUAAAUAAUUCUUUAAGUAGUCCUACUAUGGAUGACAAAAAAAAAAAAAGUAGUCCUACUAUGACUUGUUAAUGGUAGAUAAAAAUAUGACCCUAAAUAAAUAGAUUAGAUGAUUAACAACAUAUUAAUGAACUCUCUUGUUGAGGUGUUGGAGCAGGAUUUAUUACACAAAUCUGGUCCACUAUAAACCCAAUCGAAGCGGAAUAGACAGGCAGAAGACAUGAUCUAUCGGUGGAACCCAAUUAUUUCAGCCCAAAGGUUUAUCUCAUAGCUCGAGGUAGCGAGCUCAAGUACAGAUAACAACCAAGACCAUGUCAUUUCACAGUCAAUCGGUUACACAAAAGGCCAAGAUCUUCGGAGCAAGGAAUGUCACGUCUUAGAUAUACGGAGUAGUUGAAGCGAGCUGAGCAGUCUAAGGAACGAGCCAAGAUCAUUAUUUGAGACACAUUUUUUGACUUACUCACUUGAGACCUAGAAAAUGCUUUUUGAUCCGUAUUAUUUUGUGUUUUGUUCUUUGAAUUCAUCAUAUUCAUUGUCAAUAAUAUUACUCCAAUUCGAGCAAACUAUCUUGAGACAUUUCCCAUCGUUUUCCUAAACCUUAUUCUAUUCACAUUAAAAUUCUCAUUGCGGAAUUUAGCUCUCACACGAAUUAUUACAGUUAAAACUCUAUAAAUUAAUAAUUUUGGUUAUUAGUUUAUGAAGUUAUUAAUUUACAAAAGUUUCAUUUUUAGAUUUUUCUAUUUAGAGUUUAUCUUUUAUAUAAAAUAACAAAAUAAUUAAUUUUACUAUAUAUAUACAUUAAUUUUGUUUUUGAAAUUUGACUUUAAUAAUAUUUUUCUUAUAUUGCUUCAUGUAUAUGAAAUAUGUUUUAUAAAAUUUAAAUGGUGUUUUAGAUAUAGUUUUAAUAAAUAUUAUCAAAAUAUAUUAUUUUUUUAAGAAAAUAGAGGUAAUAUCAUUGUGAAUAUAGAAAACCAUACAAUAUUUUAUUUUUACAUAUAUAAUAUAUAUAAAUUAUUCAUUAACGAUUUUAAUGAGACCAUAGAUUUACACAUGAUUUUCUAAAAAAAAAGUUAUCUUAUUAUUUUAUUAAUUUAUGUCAUAUUUUGAAUAUUAAUUUAUCGCGUUUGUUAAUUUAUCGAAUAUUUAAUUUAUAAAGUUUCAACUGUAUAUCUAGUCUAUUAAAAUAGAGUCUUACAAAAAUUUAUAUUAUUAUUGUACUCAUUCAUUAGUAAGUUAACAAAUUAAAUAAUAUAAUAUAGACUAUUAAUAUGUCAUAUUUCUAUUUUUUCACUGACUCAUUGUUUAUUGUCAUAUUUUGGUGGUAUUUUAACAAUUGUACUUAGCCAUUAUUAACAUUUACAUUAUACCUAACCAAAUCAAUAUAUAUCUAUUUUAUUAAUAUGAAAAAUAUAAAUAAUUGAACAUCUAAUCUAAUAGCUUAACGCUUGCAAUUUUUUUGUUUUAUAAGUAUUGUAAAUAAAACAUAUAACUCGCGUUUUUACAACAUUGUUUUGUCUAAAUCAGUAUCAUAAUCUAUUUUUAAUUUAUAUCCCUUUGUCUCAAAAAAAUUAUGUUUACAUUGUACUAAUUAAUUCUUUAUUAAAAUACAUUAUUUGUCUUCUCUUAAUUUUCUGUCUAUUACUUGAAUUUGGUGCUUUUAACUUAGUACAAAUCAAUCCUAAUUAUUGGGAUAGAAUAAAUUUGUGUUGUGUAAUAUAUAUGUAGUUUUCCAGGAAUAAAAAUUAAAAUAAGACAUUAGGUACCAAACAAAAUUAGGCCAUUUAACAAUCUUCAAAGGCAAUAUAUGUUUAAUAAACAAAAAGAAAAAUUCUGAGAAGAUCAUAAAAAUAGUUUUUGGAGAAAUUGGUUGCAUACCAUAGUUCGACUGUUAUUUUUUUAAAAUACGUUCAAUCAAAAAUAUUUUAGCAUUUGAAUUUAGAGUUUGGUGAUUAUUAUUUAGGGGAUAGGAUUGGGCUUAUAAACUUAUAUAAAUGUUUUAUUAAUUAUUCUUAAUGAUUUAAAGAUUUAGUUUUGUUGUUUUUAAUUACAAACUUAAGAUUUUUAUGAAAAUCAUCAUUCUUUGAAGGUAAAUUUGAAAAGGUGUACCAAAUUUAUGGUAAAAUUAAAAUUCACUUUAGUUUUUUUUUACUAAAAUAACACACAAAAAGGAAAAAUGAUUAAAAUAGAUUUAAUUAGAAGGUAAAAGCUUCUUAUAGUUUUUUUUGUCACUGAAAGCAUCUUAUAGCUUUAUUCUAUAGUUAUAUAUGAAUAUAAAUAAAUAAUUAAUAAAAAAUAUCUUUUGAGAAAAAAAACUUUUUUCAUUUUGAUGUUUGCUAAAAUACAUUAUUUGUCUUCUCUUAAUCUUCGCAGAAGUUUGUCACUUUUGCAUGUUGAAUGUGAAGCACUAAUUUAGGCAAUGAAAUGCAUGAAAAUUCUCCAAUAUUCUGAUGUAGUUUUUACGAUGGAUUGUUCCCAGUUGGUAAAGAUGGUGUCGAUACCUAAAGAAUGACCCGCUUUCUCUACGUACAUGGAAGAAUGCAACUGCAGCAAGAUUUUCUUCCUUCACUUCUGGAUCAGAUAUAUUCUUAGAGCACAAAAUAUUUUGGUGGAUAAGCUUAUAUGUGGUGCGAGGAAUUCUCUUUUAACUUUGCUUUAUGUUGAUUCAAGUCCACCGAUUUUAUAGUUAGUUUCUAAGUGAUGUGAAAAAUAAAAAAAAAAGUUGUUAACAAGAAAGAAAAAAAGGAGUUUUAAUGAAAAGGGAAACGUGGAAACUAACCUCCUUCUUUCCUAGUCUCCACGCAUCUGUCUCUGAUUCUGUUUCCACUUCUUUCUCCGGCGACGGCCAACCAUCGUGAGAGAGAUGGGUGUGGAUUACUACAACAUACUGAAGGUAAAUCACAACGCGACGGAGGAUGAUCUAAAGAAAGCUUACAAGCGUCUCGCGAUGAUCUGGCAUCCCGACAAGAACCCUUCCACAAGGCGAGACGAAGCGGAGGCCAAAUUCAAACGGAUCUCCGAGGCCUACGACGUCCUCUCCGACCCUCCGAAGCGCCAGAUCUACGAUCUUUACGGCGAGGAAGGCCUCAAAUCCGGCAAAAUCCCCGAUUCGGAGGCUUCCUCCUCGAGGACGCCGCACUUCUACCACCACCAGCAUCCCCCUGACGCCGCCUCGUUCCGUUUCAGCCCUAGAGACGCUGAUGACAUCUACGCCGAGAUCUUUGGACCUGAAGGCGGCGGAGGUGGACACAGAACGUUUCGCGAUGGGAGUUUCAGGAACAGUCAUUACAGUGAGCUGAGGAAAGCUCCAGCCGUGGAGAAUCCAUUGCCUUGUACUUUGGAGGAUCUCUACAAAGGCGUGAAGAAGAAGAUGCGGUUAUCUAGAAAUGUCUACGAUGCUUCUGGUAAAAUGAGGGUGGUUGAUGAGAUAUUGCCCAUAGAGAUAAAACCCGGGUGGAAGAAAGGCACAAAGCUCACUUUCCCUAAGAAAGGCAACCAAGAGCCUGGAAUCAUACCUGCAGAUAUCAUCUUCGUGGUUGAGGAGAAGCCGCAUCCUGUUUACAAGAGAGACGGAAACGACCUUUUGGUCAGUAAGGAGAUCACUCUUCUUGAAGCACUGACCGGUAAGACCCUUGAUCUGAUAACGCUUGAUGGAAGGAAUCUCAUGGUCCCACUAACCGAUAUCAUCAACCCCGAUCACGAGGUUGUUGUUCCGAACGAAGGGAUGCCAAUCUCUAAAGAAGCUGGAAAGAAAGGUAACCUGAGGUUGAAGCUUAACGUGAGAUAUCCGUCGAAGCUGACAGCAGAACAGAAGUCCGAGCUGAAGAGAGUUCUUGGAUGAUGAUGAUGAAAUGUAGAUAGCAAAAGUAGAGGAGAUGAUAGAUUGUGAAUGGUAGGAUGGAUGGAUUCUUCUAAGGGGGCUUGGAUUUGAAAGCCGAAGAACAGAUUCAAGCUUGGCUCUGGUCUUUUUUUUUUUUUUUUUUUACUUCUCUUGUUUGGAAUUAGACAUUUUUUUUCCCUUUUCUAAAUUCUAUUUAUUUGAUGUGGUUGGAGGCCUUUUAAUAUGCAAGUGUACUCCAAAUAUUGGAGAAUGCUUUGUAAUCUAUUUAUAACUGAGGUCUGAUAAGCU